AUGGAUCCUUGUCCUUUCCUUCGAAUCACUAUCGCAAACUUAGCGGUAAUGCUUCCACCUAAUCGGAAUCUUCCUUCGUGUGUGUUUCUUGAUUGUAACAUUAAGCUUAAAGGUUUUCCAACACAAGUUUCAACCAUCAACGCAUUUCCUAAACAAGACCUUGUUUUAGAGAACAAAAUCCAUGCCUCUUUCAAUUUGAACAAAACCGACAUUGAAAAAAUAACUGCUAGAGGAAAAACAUGUUGUUUGAAGAUUGAAAUUUGUGCAACGAAGAGUAUGGGCAUUGGUUUUGGAUAUUAUACUGGGGGGAGGAUUUUGGGGAGUGUGUUUGUUGAAUUUGAUUUGAAGGGUUUUGAACGUAAAGGUAGUAGAGGAGUUGUGAUUAAGAAUGGAUGGGUUUUGGUUGGUGUAGCAAAAGUGCAUCUGAAUGUGAAAGUUCAACCUGACCCAAGAUUUAUUUUCCAAUUUGAUGGAGAACCGGAGUGUAGUCCCCUGGUUUUUCAAGUUAAUGGUAAUGUGAAACAACCUGUUUUCACUUGCAACUUCAGUUUCAAGAACCCUGGUGAUUGGAAUUCAAUAUCAAGAUCUUCGCUAUCUAAAGGAAGCACAUCAAUAGGCUGCUUUAACUGUUGGACAACUGGUAACGAAAUACGGAGAAAAGAGCGAAAGGGAUGGUUAGUGACAAUCCAUGACCUCUCUGGCUCACCAAUUGCUGCAGCAUCCAUGGUGACCCCAUUUGUCCCAUCACAAGGUUCAAAUAGGGUGAGAGGAUCAAACCCUGGAUCUUGGCUCAUCCUCCGUCCAGAUCAGGGUACAUGGAAGCCAUGGGGACGCCUACAAGCAUGGCUAGAGAAUAGUGGUGAACUUGGUUAUUGCUUUGAAAUCAUCCCUGAUGGUGCCAAUGAUACUAUAAAAUUGGUCAAUUCAACCAUCAGCACCAAGAAUGGUGGGAAAUUUAACAUAGAUAUCACAAAUGUUUCUAUCCCAACAAUGGCUAGUGCAAACAGCAGCUUUGAUUUCUCUUCAGUCUCUGGGUCUUGGUCGGAUUUCGGAUCAUCUGGAUAUUUGGGACAGAUUUUGUACCGUGGAUUUGUGAUGUCAUCCACAGUGAAGGGUGAUGGAAAAUGUAGUAAGCCGGAGGUGAUUGUAGGGGCGCAGCACGUGAGGUGCUCGGAGGAUGCUGCAGUUUUUGUUGCAUUGGCAGCUGCUAUAGAUCUUAGUAUGGAUGCUUGUCGGCCUUUCUCUCAGACUCUCCGAAAAGAGUUGAGGCAGUCGGAUCAAGUAUGA